AUGAACCUGAAAGUUGGGGAUAUUAACGAUGUCGAUUCUGUGGACAUUACUUUCGAUGGCUGUGACGAGUGCGAUCAGAAUUUGACUCUUCUCAAGGGAGGAGGAGGCUGCCAUGUCCAGGAAAAAGUCGUGGGGUCGAUUUCUAAAUUUUACGUCGUUGUCGGUGACUCGAGAAAACUUGUCAAAAGAUUGGGCGAGACGUGGAAAAAGGGAAUUCCCGUCGAAGUUUUAAAGUUUUGUGUUGACCUUGUUUCGAGAAGAAUUGUCAAGGCUCUAGGAGGCACUGCAACGGUCAGAUAUACAGGAAAGGCAAAGUGUGGGCCAGUAGUGACGGAUAACGGCAAUUAUAUAAUUGAUUGGGUGUUCCCGUGCGGGAUUCAUUUAGAUAAAACAUGGCAAGAUGUUGAAUAUCAAUUGUUGAACAUUCCUGGUGUGGUGGGCACUGGGCUGUUUAUUGGCAUUGCUCAUGUCGGAGUGUUUGCCGAUUCUCUAGGCAUGACAUGGGAUCUUAAAAGACCCGACUUGUAG